AUGUCUCGACGAACAUUUCAGUUCGUAGUAAACCUAGUCAGAAAUUCAGUGGAAAAAAGAGAUAGUCGAUUCAGGGAAGCAGCUAGCAUAGAGAAACGAGUCGCAGUGGCAUUGUGGCGUCUUGCCAGCGGGAAUGCGUACAGAACUGUUGCCUCCACGUUUGGUAUUGGAAAGUCUACUGCUGUCGAGAUCACAAACAGUUUUAUUCACAUCUUAAAUGAACUUUAUGAAGAUUGGAUUACAUUUCCUGCAUCAGUGCAAGAGACCGAUGAAGCCAUUCAGCGAUUCUCUGAUAACAAUCUCUUCAACAUACCUCAGAUUUUAGGCGCAAUUGAUGGAUCACACAUCCCUAUAAAGGCUCCUAAGCACAAUAAGGAGAGCUAUUUCAACCGGAAGCAUUUUUACUCUGUGAAUCUCCAGGCAGUUGUGGGCUUCGAUGGUCGGUUUUUAGAUUUUUAA